AUGCACUCUUACGCGCACUUUCACGCGCUCUCUCAUGUGCUCUCUCACGCGCACCCUCACGCGCUCUCUCACGCGCACCGUCACGCGCUCUCUCACGUUCUCGCUCACGCGCACUCUCAUGCGCUCUCUCACGCACACUUUCACGUGCUCUCUCACACGCACUUUCACACGCUCUCUCACAUGCAGUCUCACGUGCUCCCUCACGUGCUAUUUGACGCACUCUCUCACGCGCUCUCGCACGCGCACCGCGCGCUCUCACUCGUUCUCUCACGCGCUCUCUCACGAGCACUAUCACGCACCUCUCACGUGCACUCUCACGUGCUCUCUCUCAUGCACACUCACGUGCUCUUUCACGCGCUCUUUCACGCGGUCUCUCACGUGCUCUUGCACGCGCUCUCGCACACGCACUCGCACACACACUCUCACGCGCUCCCUCACUCGCUCUCUCAUGCGCUCCCUCAUGCGCUCCCUCACGCGCUACCUCACGUGCCCCUCACGCGCUCCCUCAUGCGCUCCCUCACGCGCUCCCUCACACACUUCCUUGCACGCUCUCACGCGCACUCUCACGCUCACUCUCCCGCCCGCGUCGAUCUCGCGCUCUCACGCCCACUUUCACGAGCUCACUCACGUUCUCUCCCACGCGUGCUCUCUCUCUCUCUCUCAUGCACUCUCACACUCUCUCACGCGCACUCUAACGCGCACUUUCAUGCGCUCUCUCACACGCACUUUCACACGCUCUCUCACGUGCACUCUCAUGCGCUCUCUCACUCGCUCUCUCACUCGCUCUCUCAUGCGCGCUCUCUCUCAUGCGCACUCUCUCACGCUCUCUCUCACACACACUCACUCGCUCUUUCACGCACUCUCUCACGCGCUCUUGCACUUGCUCUCGCACACGCACUCUCACGCGCUCUCUCACUCUUUCACUUGCUCUCUCACUCGCACACGCGCUCUCACGCGCACUCUCACGCGCACUCUCCCGCGCACUCUCACGCGCAUACUCACGCCCUCACUCACGCGCUCUCUCACGCGCUCUCACGCGCACUUUCACGCGCUCUGACACGCGCUCUCUCACGCGCUCUCUCACGCGCUCUCUCACGCGCUCUCUCACGCACUCUCUCACGCGCUCUCUUACGCGCUCUCUCACGCGCUCUCUCACGCGCUCUCUUACGCGCUCUCUCACGUGCUCUCACGCGCUCUCUCCUUCGCACUCUCCCGCGCUCUCUCACGCGCUCCCUCACGCGCUCGCACGCGCUCUCACGCGCUCUCACGCGCUCUCUCACUUGCACUCUUACGCGCUCCCUCACACGCUCUCUCACGCGUUCUCUCACGCGCUCCCUCACGCGCUCCCUCACGCGCUCUCUCGUGCACUCUCUUGCGUGUUCGCUCCCGUGCACACGCUCUCCCUCGCGUUCCGUCUCUCCCCCUCUUCAAAUGCAACGGCGGGGAGGAGGGAGAGGCGACGGCGGGAUGGGCGAAGAGGGGGCGGCAGGAUGGGAGGGAGUGGCGACGGCGGGGAGGAGGGAGAGGCGACGGCGGGGAGGAGGGAGAGGCGACGGCGGGGAGGAGGGAGAGGCGACGGCUGGGUGGGAGGGAGAGGCCACGUCGUGGUAUUAG